UUUCCUACUAUGAGGUUGGAAUCUGUAAAGUUGGGAAUGCUGAUUAUACAUUGUAAUUCUGGUUUCACUUCCAAUUUUAGAGUUGCUGGCAAACAUAAACAAUCAUGGGUGAUGGUCCUCGAGGAAUAGAGGUGUUUGAAGAUCAUUUUCAAGCUUCAACAUCUGGUGAAGACUCCAUGCAGAGCCCAGCUUUAUCUAAAUAUAUCGGAAGUAAUGAUUCUUUAAGAUCCAUUAGUAGAUCAUGGACUAGAAGAAAAUUGAAAGGGGCUGCUUCAAUGUUGAAUAUGUUUAGCCUCAACAAGCUACCUUGGAUGUCUGGCACAGAUGGUCAAGAAAAGGUAGUCUUAACUGCUGCAGAAGUAGAAUCUCUUCGAUCAGAACUCGGUGCUUUGGAAGAAAGAGAAGCUCAUUGCAAAGCUCAAUUAGAACACAUUGAUGAAGUCGUACGGGCUGCACGACUUUCGGGGUAUUUGGACAUGAGAAUGAGAUGGGCAACUUUACCCGGAGAACCUCUUCCAGUUGAUGACACUGAUGUUGAUGAUUGGCUGCCUAGAUUUUUUGUCCUUCAGGGAUCGUGUAUCUUCUGGUAUUCGUCAUGCACAGAUCUAAGCCCCCAGGAUUCAACCCUUCUAUCUGAUGUAGUUGAAGUUGGAACCUUACCUUGCCUGAUACGAGACAAUGAGGACAAACGAUAUUGCUUUUAUAUCUCAACUCGUUAUGGACUGAAAUAUGAAUGCUCUAGUAAUUCUAAGAUAAAGGUUGAUUCGUGGUUGGAAGCAUUACGGAGUGAUUGCAAACUGCGAUCUGACUGAGCAACUAUUAAUGAGUUGACUAGGAAUUGACAUGAUCUGCUAUUAUCAGCAACAGCGUCACUAUAUAAGCCAGAUUCGGAAGCAGAAACAUAUAUAUCACUUCUCCAAACUUCCACUACAACAUUUUAGCGUUUAGCCAGUGCAUUCUGUACAUAGUCUAGCAUACAGCCAUUGUAAAGCAU